AUGCAAACCAUUGUUAAUUUAGAAAACCAAGAAGACGUCCAAUCUUAUGAAACGCAUAUAACUGAAGAUAUUGGCAUACAUGGUCAUUUGGUAUCAUCAUCUGAAAGUGAGAAAAUAAGUGAUGUGGAUGCCGAUGAAAGUAAUGAUACAAGUAUCAUGGGAAAGAUAUUCAAUACACGCCAUGAUGCAUAUACUUCUUAUAACCGCUAUGCCUUUUUACAUGGAUUUGGCAUAAAUAUUCAUUGGAAUUAUAAAAACAAGACAACAAAGGAGGUUUAUCAUAAGAUGUAUGUGUCCAACGAACAAGGUUUUAAACAUUUGAAGGCUGAGAGUGCAUGUGGUAAUUGA